AUGUACUCUGGGGAUUUCGACAAAACCUUCAGCACCUGCAACCACUUACGAGUCAAGCAAGCCAAACCAAACGAGACAGCCUGGAAAGCAUGGAGACAGGCACUGGGUUACUUCUGUUACACGUUGUCCAGGAAGAAGAAAUAUCUCAAAACCGAACACCACCUUACCACCUGGCUACUCCCCGCAACGCAACUCCGACGACGAUGGCCUGCCUUGUACGACCCUGGAUCCGACACGGAAAUCUCCGAUCACAUGUAUUGUCACACUCCCGAGGGAUGGACCAUGCAUCAGAGCAUCCGAUACGAUUUUGACCAGACACCUUCUGGCAUUGUCAACACUCCACCUGAAACUGCGGCCCCGUGUGAUUACAAAGUGAGACCCUAUACACUUCAAAUGAUGGGGUAUGAGAAUGUCAUACAGCAACAGCAGCCAGAAACACACACAUCAAUCAACACACUCAUUCCUACUUUGGACGCCUGGGAACAGCAUCUACUCCGGGACUUACACUUUCUGGUUCCCGAAACUGAGGUUUGA